AAUGCAAUGGUAGGUUUUCAGAGAAGGGGAUCGGGCAUUCUGCGACUUUUGCUCUCUCUUCUUUUUGCAAAGUGGGAGGCGGGGAGCGGCCAGCUGCACUACUCGGUUCCCGAGGAGGCCAAACACGGCACCUUCGUGGGCCGCAUCGCGCAGGACCUGGGACUGGAGCUGGCGGAGCUGGUGCCGCGCCUGUUCCGGGUGGCGACCAAGGACCGCGGGGACCUUCUGGAGGUAAAUCUGCAGAAUGGCAUUUUGUUUGUGAAUUCUCGGAUCGACCGGGAGGAGCUGUGCGGGCGGAGCGCGGAGUGCAGCAUCCACCUGGAGGUGAUCGUGGACAGGCCGCUGCAGGUUUUCCAUGUGGAGGUGGAGGUGAAGGACAUUAAUGACAAUCCUCCAGUAUUCUCUGUCAGGGAACAAAGGCUGCUGAUUUUUGAAUCCAAGCAACCAGACUCGCGUUUUCCGCUAGAGGGAGCUUCUGAUGCAGAUAUAGAAGAGAACGCUGUUUUGACCUACAGGCUAAGUCAAAAUGAGUAUUUUUCUUUAGAAUUACCAACAAAUAGUAAGCAUACUAAAAGACUGUCACUUAUAUUAAAGAAGUCUCUGGAUAGGGAGAAAACCUCGGAAUUAAAUUUACUACUGACGGCUGUAGAUCGAGGGAAACCGGAGCUCACAGGCUCGGUCCAGCUCUUCAUUCUCGUUUUGGAUGUGAACGACAAUGACCCGGAAUUUGAUCAAUUAGAAUACAAGGUAAGAUUGACGGAAAAUGCACCAGAAGAAACUCUUGUGAUAAAGUUAAACGCCUCCGAUCGAGAUGAAGGAGUAAACGGGGAGGUAAUGUAUUCCUUGCUGUCUGUUAAACCCAAUGGAAGACCCUUAUUUAUAUUAGAUCAAAAUAAUGGAGAAGUGAGGGUGAAUGGAACUUUAGAUUACGAAGAAAAUAAGUUUUAUGAAAUUGAAGUGCAGGCUACAGAUAAGGGGAAUCCUCCAAUGGCAAGUCACUGUACAGUCUUGGUAGAAAUCUUAGACACCAACGAUAACUCCCCUGAAGUUACCGUGACCUCUCUGUCCCUCUCAGUACCUGAGGACGCUCAGCCUGACAUGGUCAUAGCCUUGAUUAGCGUAUCAGACCUUGACUCUGGUGUCAACGGCCAGGUGACCUGCUCUCUUAAGCACAACCUUCCCUUCAAGCUGGUGUCCACUUUCAAGAAUUACUAUUCCUUGGUCCUUGACGGCGCCUUAGACCGAGAGACCAUAUCUGACUAUAAGGUGGUGGUGACCGCGCGGGACGGGGGCUCGCCCUCGCUGUGGGCCACGGCCAGCGUGUCCGUGGAGGUGGCCGACGUGAACGACAACGCGCCUGCGUUCGCGCAGCCCGAGUACACGGUGUUCGUGAAGGAGAACAACGCGCCGGGUUCGCACAUCUUCACGGUGUCGGCGCGGGACGUGGACGCGCAGGAGAACGCGCUGGUGUCCUACUCGCUGGUGGAGCGGCGGGUGGGCGAGCGCGCGCUGUCGAGCUACGUGUCGGUGCACGCGGAGAGCGGCAAGGUGUACGCGCUGCAGCCGCUGGACCACGAGGAGCUGGAGCUGCUGCAGUUCCAGGUGAGCGCGCGCGACGCUGGCGUGCCGCCCCUGGGCAGCAACGUGACGCUGCAGGUGUUCGUGCUGGAUGAGAACGACAAUGCGCCCGCGCUGCUGGGGCCUGCUGUGGGCGGCGCGGUGAGCGAGCUGGUGUCGCGGUCAGUGGGCGCGGGCCACGUGGUGGCGAAGGUGCGCGCGGUGGACGCGGACUCUGGCUACAACGCGUGGCUGUCUUAUGAGCUGCAGCCGGCGGCGGGUGGUGCGCGCAGCCCGUUCCGCGUGGGGCUGUACACGGGCGAGAUCAGCACGACGCGCGCCCUGGACGAGGCUGACGCGCCGCGCCAACGCUUGUUGGUGUUGGUGAAGGACCAUGGCGAGCCAGCGCUGAUGGCCACCGCCACUGUGCUGGUGUCUCUGGUGGACAGUGGUCAAGCACCAAAAGCCUCUUCGCCGUCACUGGCGGGUUCAGUGGCCCAGGAGGCAGCUCUGGUGGAUGUCAAUGUGUACCUGAUCAUCGCCAUCUGCGCGGUGUCCAGUCUGCUGGUGCUCACUUUGCUGCUGUACACCGCGCUGCGUUGCUCGGCUGCGCCCCCCGGGAGCAUGUGCGGGCCUGGGAAGCCCAUGCUGGUGUGCUCCAGCGCGGUGGGGAGCUGGUCGUACUCACAGCAGAGGCGGCAGAGGGUGUGCUCUGGGGAGGUGCCACCCAAGACUGACCUCAUGGCCUUCAGCCCGGGCCUAUCCCCCAGUCUCAAUAGAGAAGAUGAAAGGGAAAGGCAGGAAUUUGAAUCAAAUCACCCUGGACAGGUGAGUUUUCUAUAA